UCCUCACCAUCCCUAACGACCUUACCAACCACUUGGCGCCAUUUUCUUCAGAAGAACUGAAAAAGCAAAGAGGUAGCUCAGCAAACGACCAUGCUCCUCGCACCACCCGGCCAUUGCCUUUUUCCGCUUCGCCGCAUCCACAAACCCUACUCACUAAGCAGAACUCGGACGACUCGGUUCUGCUGCAGGGCAAGUCUGAAUCUGAUCACGAACUCUGACUCGUUCGAGGUGGGUCGACUUAUUGGGAGCUAUGGCUUCAUGAAUAUCACUAGCUCUUCGGGGUCUCCUUUGGGCGCGGAUGCUGAGUACUCAUCGGGGGAUGUGGGGCGGUUGAGAGUCCAAGAUGUAGGAGAAGGCAGUGUAAAGAUCAGGCUGUAUGAUGGGAGAGUCUCUCAGGGUCCGCUGAGAGGGACUCCAGUUGUUUUUAAGGUUUAUCCUGGACAACGGGCUGGUGGGAAUGAGGCAGAUAUGAUGGCUGCUAAUGAGCUAAAUGCUCACUUAUUCCUUCAAAACAAUUCAAAUGACAUCUGUCAGAAUCUUGUGUUACUCAUAGGUGGGUUUGAAACGAAAACUGGGGAGCAGUGGCUUGCUUUUCGCAAUCACGGGAAAGCUAGUGCAGCAGAUUAUGCCAAAGUGAUGAGUGAAAGAGUGUCAAAAACCCGUGCUGACGGAGGACAAGUUUGGAAUAAUUUUGAACAAGAGGAAACUAUCAAACGCAGAAGAUAUUUUGUUACAAAGCUGCUGCAGGGCAUUAUGAGAGGUUUAGCUUACAUGCAUGAUCGUGAGAGGUUGCACCAGAGUCUUGGACCAGCUUCUGUUAUUCUUAACACAAUUGUAGAGAGAGAUGCUGUUUACUUAGUCCCUCGACUUCGGGAUCUAGCAUUUUCUGUUGACAUUGGGUACACAAAGCUAGAAGGGGAUCCUGGAUUACUCUCGGAUGGACUUUGGAGACGAGCGUCUACUGCUGGUGCAUUCACUCCUAUGGAAAAAAGAGCCUUCGGAAUAGCAGAUGACAUAUAUGAGGCAGGUCUUCUCUUGGCAUACUUAGCAUUCUUACCAUUCUGUGAAGCAGGGAUAAUGGAUGGCCUUUCGUUGCAAAGGCUUUUGGAGAGCACUUUCCAACUUGAUAUCGGAGCAACAAGAGAAUACUGUUUAGCAGAUGACCGGCUAUUAGAUGCCGUAAAUUUUCUGGAUCUUGGAGAUGGUGCUGGUUGGGAGUUACUCCAGGCAAUGUUGAAUCCAGACUUCCGAAAACGGCCAACUGCACAGGCUGUUCUGAAUCAUCGGUUCAUGACGGUUGGCAGCCUUUGAGACUUUGGAUCGAAGCAUUUGGUUUGUUGUUGUGUAUAUCGAAAGAUAAAUGUACAUGGAACAUACAUCAAAUGAAUUGAAAUUUAUUUGCAGAAAUAUAUGGUUGAUGUUGUUUUGCAACAA